AUGCUGAACAUUCCGCCCGCCGUCGCCGAACAAAUUGACGAGCCAUACCAUCUCCUCACCAAGUACUCGAACUUGACAAGGUUAUCAAGAAUCACUGCUUGGUGUUGUCGUGUCAAUCUCACAAAAAAUGGUAAACGCAAUCCAACUCCAGCACUCACGCCAUCUGAAAUCGCUGCCGCCCUCCUGCGUCUCAUUCGAGUUGAACAAAACCGCAAUUUUAAAACUGAAAUUCGUCUUCUCGAAUCCGGACAAACGCCUUCGAAAGGGCAACUUCUCCAACUGAGCCCCCUUCUCGACGACAAAGGUCAUCUCCGCGUGGGCGGACGGCUAAAAAACUCACUUCUCGAUCCUGAUGAGAAACACCCUUACAUUCUACCAAGCCGAUCUCCAUUGACUAAGUUACUCAUCGAACAUUAUCAUAAGGAAACUCUUCACGGCGGAGUGCAGCUCACUCUCGCCACCCUCCGACAACGAUACUGGGUGAUUGGUGGUCGCACUGCAGUGAAAGCGGUCAUACACAGAUGUCUUAUUUGCGUGCGACACCGAGCUACGACAGCGACUCAAAUCAUGGGAAAUCUUCCGAAGGCUCGAGUCACCCGAGCUCGACCCUUCCUCCACUCUGGAGUAGAUUACGCUGGUCCAAUCUACCUUCAAACUGCGAAAGGAAGGGGACACAAAUCGUACAAGGCUUACAUUGCCGUGUUCGUUUGCUUUUCGACAAGAGCGGUACACCUUGAAGCCGUAUCCGACUACACCACUGAUAGCUUCUUGGCGGCAUUCCGGCGAUUUGUUUCGCGCAGAGGAAAGUGCGCUACACUUACAAGUGAUUGCGGAACAAAUUUUGUAGGAGCAGACGCUGAACUACGAGCUCUCCUUGCUACUACUUCUGCUGAAUCCGAGAAAAUCGCGAAUAUUCUCGCCAACGAUGGAACGUUGUGGAAGUUUAACCCCCCAGCGGCUCCGCACUUCGGCGGACUCUGGGAAGCAGCGGUGAAAUCGACAAAACAUCAUCUUCGACGAGUGCUAGGCGAGAACACCUUGACUUUCGAGGAAAUGACUACACUACUGACACAAGUGGAAGCUUGUCUCAACUCUCGUCCACUCCAAGCUCUCACAGACGAUCCUGACGAUCUGUCAGCGCUCACGCCAGCUCAUUUUUUAAUAGGUGAACCCCUCACUGCCGUCCCGGAACCGUCUCUCGUCAACUUACCUCACUCACGCCUAUCAAGAUUUCAGCUCAUUCAGCAAAUGCAACGUCACUUCUGGAAUCGAUGGUCAUCUGAGUAUCUGCAUACUCUGCAGUCCCGGCACAAGUGGCAACAACCUCAGCCUUCUCUGCAAAUCGGUGACCUCGUUCUUAUAAAAAACGAACAAUUACCACCGACUAAGUGGCCUUUAGCUCGUGUCACUAACGUUCAUUCGGGAGAAGAUAAAAAAAUCCGCGUUGCUACUGUUAAGACAGCAACAUCAUCAUUAACUCGCCCAGUUGUGAAGCUUUGCCCUUUACUCAAAAGUGACGAAGCCCAAUAA